AUGGCUGCUCAUAAAACAGACAUGGUUUGGUUAGAAAUAAUUGAUGCUAAUCCUGUUGAGAAGGUUCCAAUCGCAUGCGUGUGUGCUGAAGGACUGAACGGAACUAUAACUUUCAUCGAUGAAAAUGCCCAGGACAUUCCUCGAGCAGAUGACCAGUGCUUUCCUUUUCCAGAAAAUGUCCACGAACAAAUAAAACAGGGUGUCGUAAGCAUCGGCACCAUGCUUACUCAAGCUAAAGAGGAAACUCUCGACCUGUGUUUAGUUCGGAUAGGAUUCACAGUGGCAUGUUGUGUUUCUUCGAUUAUCUGUCUGAUGUGUAUCGCCAUAGAACGGUAUAUCGCCAUCACGUAUUCGCUGACGUACAGACAAACUGUUACGGCUUGCAAGGUAACUGUAGUGGUUCUCCUUUCAUGGCUUGUAUCGCUCGUGGUUGGAUUCGCCCCUUUGAUAGGAUGGAAGAUAGAAUCAUAUCACUACUAUUGUUCCUUUCUUUACGUCCUUCCAUCUGACUACAUAAUAUUUUUGUUUUCUUCCUGUGUUUUCCUACCAAUAGUUGUAACUUUUACAAUGUAUGCAGUGAUCUAUAAGUAUGCCAGACGGCACAUCAAGAGAAUUGAAGCCAUAGAAAAUCUUAACUUAGACAGAAGAAAUAAUAGAAUUUUCAGAUUUUCUCCAAGAAAUUUGAGAUCUCUGAAAACCUUGCUGGCAGUUUUUGGUUGUGUCAUUGUCACGUGGCUGCCGUUUUUGAUUGGAACGAUCACCCAGGUCAUAUAUGGUUAUACUACCUGUUUCUUAAAGGACAUUGUAGGAACGCAUCUUCUGUUAUUGGGGUUCACAAACUCGUUCCUGAAUCCAUUGAUAUACGCGCUGGGAACCAAGGACUUUAGAGACAAAGUCAGAGAAACGUUUGGGCGUCGCGUCAGUUUUAACUCUCCGUAA